AUGUCAUAUAAACAAGGUGUGCCAAUUGGUGAUGUUGCGACAGAAGGUCCAGGACUAGUAUUUCAAGUAUACCCAGAGGCAGUUGCGACUUUACCUGGCUCUCAGUUAUGGGCUAUUUUGUUUUUCUUUAUGCUUAUAAUGUUGGGAGUUGAUUCUGCCAUGGGCGGCUUGGAAUGUGUCAUAACUGGCCUAAUGGAUGAAUUUUCCAGUUUUUUUAAGAAUAAGAAAUACUCCAGAGAAAUUUUCACUCUAGGAAUAAUUAUAUGUUCCUUUUGUGUAGCUUUAAUAAAUGUCACACCGGGUGGUAUUUAUAUGUUUCACUUGUUUGACACUUAUUCAGCAGGAAUUUCACUCCUGUGCUCAGCAAUUUUUGAAGCAGUUGCUGUUUCAUGGUUUUAUGGUCUUGAUAGAUUUUCGCAAGAUGUAGAAGCAAUGCUUGGUAUGAAACCAGGAUUGUAUUGGAGGGUUUGUUGGAAAUUUGUUAGUCCAUCUUUUAUUAUAGGUGUAGUGCUAUUUGGCCUAUUUCAUCAUGAACCUCUACACUAUAAUGACUACUUCUAUCCAUCAUGGGCAGAAUGGAUUGGAUGGGCUUUAACUCUUUCCUCUAUCAUAAUGAUUCCAUUGUUUGCAAUAAUACAAAUUUGCAAAACGAAAGGAUCCCUUACUGAGAGGUUAGCUUUAAGCAUCUCCCCUGUAGAAGAACAUGAAGAAAUACGAAGAACUAAACUAGCAAAAAGAUUUAAAGCCAAACAUUGGUUUUAUGUGUAA